CCGAGUUCCUACGCUAAGACAUUUCCACUAGUAGCAAAGCGCAGCUAUAAACCGCCCUCUAACGAGCGCGAAAUAGCCUCCGCUUUCUAUCAACUAAAGCUAGGACACGGCUACUUUAAGUCCUACCUUCAUCGAUUUAACCAUACUACUACGGAUAAGUAUCGAUACUCAGGAACGGCAAUCCAGACACCGGAACACCUCCUACUAAAAUACCCUCUAUUUAGGCCCCAACGGGCUCAUCUAAAGGACACUUUAAGACAAAACAACCCGAACUUUAAGGAUCUUUUCUCCGAAACAAAGAACAUUACGGCUACAGUCCAAUUUCUUAAAUCUACUAAGGUUACUACGCGC